CAUUAAGUUCCCGAAAUUAAUACACGGAGCAUCACAAAUGGGUUCUAAUUUGAUGAUAUUGCUACAUGUCGACGGGACAUGGGAUACUCAUGGAAGCUUUACUUCAAAGUAUAACACAGUGAUUGAGGUCCUAGAAAAAACUUCAUUCCAAUCCUUCUUAGAUUUACUCAAAUCUGUCAUACGUAUUGAUUGGUCUCAGAAUAUUGUUCGUCUUUCUUAUAUUGUUGCGGGCUCCCCCCCACCUAUUGUUGUUUCUGAUGAUUCCGAAUUACUAUUCUAUUUGAAGUUGAAGUCGUUCCAAAAUGACACCUCACACCUGCCACUAUGUGUUGAGUUUGUUUUGGAUUCCACUGUCCACCCACAAAGUAAUGACGCCACUACCCACAAUGACCACAACUUUCACAACGAGGCAUAUGUUAACUCUGUUUGCAAUGCUAAUCUGCAAAGCAAUACAUACUCCACACCUCAGAGGAGUGGCAGUGGAAUCCUGGCUGAUAUUCUCCUUCAUCGUUAUGUGGACGCUACCAAGAAACCAUACCCUCCUAAUGACUUGCGUGAGGACAUGAUACGGGAAUAUGGCGUUUCCAUGUCAUAUAGGAAAGCUUUACUAGUCAAACAGAAGGCAUUGACCAAGUUGUAUGGCUCAGAUGAAGAUUCCUACCAGUUAUUACCAUCAAUGUGCUAUAUGUUGGAGCAGAAAAAUCCAGACAAGGUUUUCCCAAAUGUAGAACAUGGUCAUUGUACUGAGCACAUUGUCCGAAACAUACGAGGCAAGUUUAAGGGACCGAAAGAAGAUCUAGCGUGGAAGUUUAGGAAAUCCUGCCGUGCAGCAACUGAGUUUGAGCGUGAGGAGUAUUUGCAAAUGCUUGACGAACAAGAUUCAAGAAUCCGCUCUUACCUCUGGGACAUCGGCGAAUCUAAAUGGUCACGUUGCAAGAGUGGGCCAUUUCGAUACUCGAUAAUGACAUCUAAUGCUGCAGAAUCAAUGAAUAAUGUUAGCAACUCUGCACGCGAAUACCCUGUUUCGAAGUUAGUUGAUUUCAUUAGAGAAAGGAUGCAAAAAUGGUUCCAUGAACGCCAUGAGAGAGCUUUAUCUACGACAACAAUUCUUACUCAGAAUCUGGAAUCUGAGUUAAUAACUUUACAACGGGAUGCCUUCAAGAUGAAGCUAUUGCGUCUCGCCCUGGUUUGUCAUGUUAUGAUUUCAUCUCACCGUACUACAGACGGGAAUCAUUAGUUGCAACUUACAAUGGCAUUGUGCACCCAAUAGGAGAUAAAUCAUCCUGGAGUGUUCUGCCGGAUGUUUCAUUAGUGAUUUGCAAGCCUCCAUCUUGUAAUAAGCGUCCACCGGGUAGACCAAAGAAGAGGAGACUUCCAUCAGUCGGUGAAUUUCAAAUAGGCCAUAGGCGUAGAAAGCAAAGAUGCACACGGUGUUUGAAUUUGGGGCAUAACGUAAAAACAUGCAAAAACCCAAUACCAAAUUGACACUGCACUCUUUCAUAUUCCGUAUAAUAUACAAUUCUCAACGCU